AUGUCUGCAUUAUCUCAACACCAGGUAUCUCACUCACCCGAGGAUGAUAAUGGACGCAAGGAUCAAGCCCAGACAGAUCUCACCAGGGACGACAUUCACAUUAUUGAGGCGCCUGCCGUUACCUCAUUCACGUUGAAAAUUGUAGCAGUCUCCCUGAUCCUGGGGCUUGCUAUUGCACUCAGUCUAUUUUUCAUCAGACUGCCAGUUUUGACGGCUCUAGCACUCCUUGCUGGAACAUUUGUGACGAGUCAGAGUCGCUUCAUAUAUCUCAGAAGAGCCAGGGCACAGCUCUCUUCCCAAGCAUGGAACGCAGCUAAGCAUCAACAAGCUCCGGCGCCUGCCAUCAGGAAUCUUCCUGCUGUGUCCUUCACGUACCAAUUCAGGGGCCAUGCAAACCUCCACCGCCGCUACAUCAUCAGCUCGGGCGACAAUUAUUCUCUCAGCGAGGUUCUCAAGCUGGAGAACAAAAUCAAGAAGGCUUACCCUCGCGGCCUCGGUGGGACCUGGGAUGUUGUCAGAGUUCGUCGAGCCCGAGAUAUUUACCAGCCGCUAUGGACUGCGUGGUACACCUCGAUUCUCAGCACGAUAUCCAUUCUCAACACUAUCAUGCUGCCUCCUCAGGAUCGAUCAGGGCCGGCCGAGGUCAAGAACUUUCGAUACCCUCAUGUUAUUGUCACCAAUGGGCCAGGAACAGGCUUCAUUGUUUGCCUGGUAGCUUACAUGCUGAAGUUCUGCUUCCUUGUGCCUGAAAAUCGUGCCAAGAUCAUGUAUAUCGAGACGUGGGCACAUCCCAAGACUUUGAGCCUGACCGGCAAGCUGUUCUAUGCAACAGAUAUCGCCGACAUGUUUCUUGUGCAACAUGACACUCUGGCUGAGAAGAUUGGCCGGCCUUGUGUGGGUGACAUCAGCAAGCAAGGCAAUCUUCUUGGAAUCAAGGAGCAACCUCUGAAGGAUGCAGAGAAAGGACCCGCUUAG